GAUAUUAUUAGUAGUAGUAGUAUAUUUUGCAUACACACAUAUGCACAAAAAUAGUAUUUUUGCAUGGUGAGGGCUAUAAUCCUACUCAUUUUCCGAACAAACAAAAAUACUUGAUGCAGGGUGGUACAAUUAUUACACCUUAAGUUUUUCAUUGUUUUUACCUACUAUAUAAUCUUUUUACACAAUAUAAAAACUAUUCCUCAAACUAGCAGCUAUUCUUUCUCUUUAUUUUUGAAGCUGGAUGGGGUAAAGGUUAUGUGUAUGGCAACUGAGAGCAAAAUCCCUUCAGACAUGCGGGGCAAGCGACAAGCUCUUAACAGUGAUUACAAAGGCUCUGGCUAUGACAGGGGCCACCUAUUCCCAGUUUACCACACACAUAACGAAGAAACCAUGCUGGCCACUUCAACCUUGACCAACGCAGCUCCACAAGAUUCUAGCUUCAACCGUGGUCAGUGGAAAAAGCAUGAGCGUGACCUGAAGAAACUACUACUGAAAAAAUGUAAAAAGGCUUUCAUUAUCACAGGGGUAAUUCCUGGGAAUAAAGUGAUUGGGAACAAUGUAAGGGUGGCUAAGUAUUACUGGAAUGCUUAUUGCUGCUUGGGUAUUAAUGCAACAAGCUCAGAAGGCUACAUGGGCCCUGAUAACAAUGGCAAAGUGCAGAAGGGCACUGUGCGUCACCUGGAGACAAAGCUGCAAAAGAGUUAUAGACAGGCCUUUAGGGUCUUCCAAAGCUUAUGCUAAUAAUAAUUCUAAGCACAAAAUAUAGUCAAGUAUAAUAUGAAAAUAUUAAUUUACGUGCUUUUGAUUUUGACACCUAUCAUGCAACUGAUAUAUCUAAUGUUAUUAAAUACUUUGGAUUCUCAACAGUGGUAAUUAGAUGGCAACAAACUGGACAAUUAAUAGAAUGACAGGAAUCAGUUGUGGCCCCUGUUUGGAAUCAGGUGUGGUUCCUUUGGCCACUUUGCUGAUCAAAUUGGACACUGAUAUUAAUUACUUUACACAGUUUCAAUCAAUCAAUUAAUCAAUCAAUCAAUCAAUUCCAAACACAAACACCCUCGACACC